AGUGAAGGAGAGGCUGCCGCAGACAGCAACAGCGCCCGCUCGCUUUCGAGCUCGCGCCGCUCGCCCCAGUCAAAAAAAAAAAGGAGAGAACGUCUUUUUUAUUUUUUAAGGGCGAGCGAAAGUGUAUGAACUGGGGUUGGUGUCUGAGUAUUAGUUUUGUAUUCGGUUGAUGGGUAAGGUGUCUUCAGAAAAGUAAAGUAGGGGUGCAGCGGCGCCAUGUAUUCCUGUAAACAGCCGGAGCGUGUGAGGAGGAGCAGAUGCCUCAUGUUGUCUUAGUGCCUCUGCAAUGCUGGCCUGUCUGCCAGGACCAGGUGACUUCUCUCUACAGCUGCUUUCCUACCCGCAGAUGAACACUGCACUUCAGAAAUGGGACACUACACAGAAGAUGAGAUCUGCAACAUAUCCAACACCUGCAGAAUUGGAUGCUUAUGCUAAGAAGGUUGCCAAUAGUCCACUCACUAUAAAAAUUUUCCCAAAUAGUGUGAAAGUUCCUCAGAAGAAACACGUUCGUCGGACUGUCAACGGACUUGAUACAUCUUCCCAGAGGUAUAAUCCUUAUCCUGCUCAGGCCAGCACCAAGUCAGGUUUGCUAGCAAUAGUUAAAGUUCCAGUGAAAGGAAUUGUGAAAGACUUUGACGGGAGUCGAGCACGAUUGCUGCCAGAAGCAAUUAUGAAUCCACCAUCUACACCGUAUGUUGCACAGAGCACUUUAAAUCACCCCCAGGUUUUGUCACACCCACAGACUUUACAACAUGCACAGAUUUUGCAGCAGCGUCAGAAUCUGUCUCAGCAACAGACGUUACCACACCCUCAGACCCUACCACAGACUCUACAACACCCUCAGAACAUGCCCCACCAACAGAAUCCAUUGCUACAGUCAGGUCUGCAUGCAAGCCGAAAGAUGCCAGAUUCUGAUGCACCUCCAAAUGUGACUGUGUCUACCUCAACCAUUCCACUGUCUAUGGCUGCCACCUUGCAACAGAACCGGCCUCCAGACUUGAACAGCAUUGUUCACCAGAUUAAUCAGUUCUGCCAGGCGAGGGCUGGAAUUGGUACUACCUCAGUCUGUGAGGGACAGAUUGCAAACCCCAGCCCUAUCAGUCGCAACCUGCUUAUCAAUGCAAGCACGAGGGUGUCUGCACACAAUGUCCCUGCACCUAUGCCUUCAUGUAUUGUAAAUACAACAGAUCCUGCUGCUGCCACUGCUGCUGCUAUCCCUGUUGCUACUGCUGGAAAUGUCCCCAUGGUAAAUAUAAGCAGGAUGCCAGCUGGCUAUCAGAAUGACAUGAAAUCACUCUCCUGGAACCAGUUGCAACUGGCUCAUCUGCAGCAAGUCUCUGGGGAUAGCGCUGGCCCAGCUGCACAUCCUGCAAAGCAUCCAUUGCCAAGGGAGGUUCCUGCACCUGGAUUUCCAAACAAAGCUUCCAGCUACCCUCAAGAACUGUGUAUAACUCAGCCUUUCACCUUGAAGCCUGCUGUUGACAAACCAACACCUUCACCACCUGUCAAUGGUAUACAAAACACUUUGUCAUACACAAAUGGACAUUAUUUUCAACCUAUGUGGAAUAACAUUCUGCCUACACCAAACAGUGACAGCUCUGGAUCACAGGAGCUUGCCGUGCAGUUUCAUGGAGGACAGCCAGUUGCAGCUGCAUUGGAUUGUUCAGCAGGGACUCAUUACAGAGUUGCCACUGGCGUACCAGGCCAGAACAACAUGAUGCAGAGCAUGGAGUACCUAAGUGGGGAUUUCCAACAGGCUUGCUUUAGAGAUCAAAGUAUGGCCAUGUUGGGGAAGGUCCACAGAUCCACUAUGGCCCGGGCUCCAGAGCCCACUGAUAGUCGAAAUAUAAAUAUUCAGCACCCAGGGUAUAGAUAAAGCUGCAGUCACUUAAGUACACAGAAAUAAGAAUAGUCUUAAUUUUGAUUAAUGAAAACAAAUGUUAGCAAACUUGCAGGUGAUCAUUAUGAGUGACUGUUACAGCACAGGACACUUUGUUUUGAGGCUUUGCAUCACUAAACCUGUUGGAAGCAUUUGGCUUGAUUUACACUAAAUGUGAACUUAAAAGGCAUGCGUGCGCACACAAACUUUUGUUCGUAGUUUACUCAGUAUCUAACAGUUUUUAAUGUGAAUUUUUGCUACAGAUAAUGUAUAAUGCACAGAUUUUGUUAGCUUGAGUAAGUAGAAAGGAUUUUUUUUUUUUUUUUUUUUUUUUUUUUUUUUUUUUCUUAGUCACUGCUAUGAUGAUGAUAGCCUGAUCUUGCAGCCUCCUUCCAUUUCUGGCAGAACAUCCAUGGGCUUAAGUCACCUUUAUUGCACUAACCUAAGAAGAAUUGCAUUUGGAAGAAACAGUUGAUGACACUGGCUGUGGACCUCUCUACUCUGUUCAGCUUUGUAUGUUUGUUUGUAUGUUUGUUUGCCUAGUUUAUUUGUUUGCCUACCCACUUUUAAGUUUGCAUAAUAGUUGGAAGCAGCAAGAUUAAAAUAGCCAUUAGUAUUGGUAGCGGAAAGAUGGAUUUUCUGUCUGACCUUUGGUAGAAGCUGUGUGACAGUAGCUUGAAACUGUUUGGUGCCUGUCAGCACAAGUUGGUACUGUAGUAGAAAUUAAAUCCUGCUUUCUUUGCUUCCACUACCAGUCUGUUAGCAGUUUGAGAUUGUAGGUCCACGAUGUGUGCAUGUGCACAUUUUCAGACUGGUGAUGCGUCCUUAAAAUUUAGCUUUAGUUGAGAGUUAAGCACUUGGUUUGCUUUUUAUGAGCAGCAGCUUCCAGAUAAUGUAUUCAGGUCCAUAAUACUUUGGUGUCCUCAAUGGGUUUGGAAUUUUUUUCUGGCACCUGUGUACUCCCUCCUUGUGUCUGUCUUGUCUGACUGAACAUAAAACACAUGCAUGACCUGUUUAGUAGGCAUGUACGGCUGAACACGUUAUGUUGCCAGAAGUUCUGUGUAAACGUUUGUUGAAGUGUGAAACUUGUCCUGAGCUUUCAUGUUUUUCAGAUGGUGUGUGUUUAUAUACACACGCAACACUUGUAACCACAGAAACAUAAUGAUCACAGUCAAGUUUGAAGUGACAGAAAUCAUUUAUUUCAAUGUACACUGGCUAAAAUGCUAUACUACUGUACCUUUGUGUAAUAUUUCUGUAUGGAUGUUGCCCUUGUAGUGUGGGUUUGAUUAGUAUUGUGUAUGAAUGACCCACUGGCCUCCUCCCACAGCCCUUUAACAGAAGCCUUAAGGAUUGUGCUCCGUGACCUUUCCUUUGACAAGCAUGAUUUAAAAAAAAAUGCUUAAGUUUUUCGAAGUGAUAUUCUAGUUGGAUAGAAGUAAUAAUGCUUAGAUUUCUUAAAAUUGAAAGUUUAGAUGGAAUAUUUUAUUGUAAUUUCUUUUUAGUUUUGUGUAGUUCUGGGCAGUAAAAAAAAAAAUCCUCUUCAGGUUUCAACGCUUAGGUUAUGCAUUUUCUGAUGUCUAGAAAAUAGUACACUAAUUGCUUAUCAGUAUUUUAUUUUUUUUAUACUACACUGUACCCAGAGGUAUUCACUUGACCGUAAACUACUACAGUACUGUUGAGCAACUGACCAUUAAAAUUUAAUUAACAAUAAAUUAUUUGUGGGGAAAUGUGACCCUGUAUUUAAAAACAUUAAAUAUUAUGCUUAACGGUGGUAAAAUGAAGUCCUAAUUUAUUGUUUUUAACUUCUCAUUCAUUUUAGGGAAAGUUGGCAAUGUCUGAACAAAAGUCUGAUUGCUCGCCAUGCAAUAUUUGCUCCACCCAUUAUCUUUAGAAAGCUAGAUUUGGGUGUGUUUUUUUUUUCCUCAUUAAAAUUAAUUUAGGGUUGUGCCAUAUGAUUUUUAAGUUCUCUGUUUUGUUGAUUGUAAAGUGUAUUCCGUUUACGAAUACAUCCAAGUUAAAUAAAGUACUGUUUGAAAUCUGCAA